ACUCGGGACUUGCAAAGCUGGACGCGGGAGUUAGCUCCACCCCAUUUAUCCAAAGCAGCACUUCAAACUCCCAAGUUGAAUGGUUCCAGACGGGAUUCAGAUUACGAGAAGCUAUGGAAGCCUCCAUCGAAUCGUGGGUUUCUUCCCUGUGCAGAGCCUACUCCUAAUUACACUACUCCCGUUGAGUCACGAGGAUAUCUUUUAGUUCAUACAAAUGGUGGGCUCAACCAAAUGCGUUCUGGGAUAUGUGAUAUGGUAGCUGUAGCUCGUAUCCUAAAUGCUACGCUUGUAAUUCCGGAACUCGAUAAAAGAUCAUUUUGGCAAGAUACAAGCAAUUUCUCUGAUAUUUUUGAUGAAGAUCAUUUUAUUAAUUCUCUAGCCAACGAUGUCAAAAUAAUUAAGAAGCUUCCCGAUGAUCUGGUUAAUGAAACGAGAAAGGUCAAGCAAUUCAUAAGCUGGUCUGGCAUGGAUUAUUAUGAGAAUGAGAUUGCAAAGUUGUGGGAAGAUUACCAAGUUAUUCGUGCUUCCAAAUCUGAUUCACGGCUAGCGAACAACAAUCUACCUCCAGACAUUCAGAAGCUUCGCUGCCGAGCUUGUUAUGAGGCUCUUCGUUUCUCUCCUCGCAUUGAACAAAUAGGAAAAUUGUUAGUUGAGAAAAUGAGGUCGUUGGGUCCUUAUAUUGCCUUGCAUUUACGUUAUGAGAAGGAUAUGCUUGCGUUUAGCGGCUGCACGCAUGAUUUAUCUCUAGAUGAAGCUGAAGAGCUACGGAUUAUCAGGGAGAACACUUCGUAUUGGAAAGUAAAGGAUAUAGACCCCAUUGAACAGAGAUCCAAAGGGUUUUGCCCCUUAACUCCAAAGGAAGUUGGAAUUUUUCUUACAGCUCUUGGAUAUCCAUCAAAGACUCCGAUAUAUAUUGCUGCUGGAGAGAUAUAUGGGGGUGAGUCUCAUAUGGCUGAACUGCGAUCCCGUUAUCCAUUGUUAAUGAGCAAGGAAAAGUUGGCAUCUUUUGAGGAGCUUGAACCCUUUUUCAAUCAUGCUUCUCAAAUGGCUGCUCUUGACUAUAUUGUAUCUAUUGAAAGUGAUGUAUUUAUACCCUCUUAUUCUGGUAACAUGGCAAGGGCUGUUGAAGGUCAUCGCCGAUUUCUUGGCCGUGGAAGAUCAAUAUCUCCAGAUAGGAAAGCCCUUGUUCGACUCUUCGAUAAACUGGACCAAGGAACAAUGACCGAGGGAAAAAAACUGUCGUAUAGGAUUAUAGAUCUCCACAGAAGACGGCUUGGUUUCCCGAGAAAGAGAAAAGGGCCAAUAUCGGGAACAAAGGGAAUGGACAGGUUUCGCUCGGAAGAAACCUUUUAUGCUAAUCCUUUACCUGAUUGCCUAUGCCGGCCAGAAUCAUCGCCACAAAACACCUCUCACAUUGUCAAGUAA